GUCGUGUAGACUCCCCAUGGAUCUUGACGCAUCGAGGAUUGUAUAAAAUCCAGUGAAAUCCUUCAGGAUCUGCAGAAUCAAACCAUGGAUAGAAUCGUUCUUGUGUCUUGUGUUGUGAUCCUCAUCGGCAACUUUUGUUUUGAGUUGAUACUCGCUAGUCAAAGGUUCGAUGGAUCGGUAGAAACUAAAAUGAAAGAAGAGGAGGAAAGUAAAAUGUCUCCAGCAUGGUUUAGUCCACGAUUGGGAAGAAGAAAACGAAAUUCAAAAGAAGAGACUUAUAGAUCAAGUGAACAAGAAUUAGCAGAUUUACUGGAGGCUUUUGAGGACUCACCCCUUGCCUUUAUAGCAGUAAACGGCAACGAAAAGUUCAUCUGCAAAAAUAUACCCGGCUUCGUAAAGAGUAUUUAUGCCUUGUCAGGUCAUCAGUGGAGGUUCACUUGA